AUAUCAGUGCCAGAGGACUUCAAGACUUGGUACGAGACAAUGUGUGCUGAGUUCCCAACAAGAUUCAGCCGGCUAUUUAGGGGGCCUAUGUGGAGUGGUGUCACUGUGAAUCAACAGAAAGAUCCUCUCACGGUGAGCACAACAAGUACACAAAAAAAUAAACAAACUAACAAAAGGAAAGAUUGAUUAUUCUAUUCUAUUGGAUCUAUUUUAUUGGAUUACUCUAUUUCUUGCCCUUACUUUAUUCCUGACAGGCACGUGUAAAUGUUGCAUCACCAAGCAUAAGGACAGUAGAGAAGCAAACAGCUGAGGCACCUUUUACUUGUGAGCCUACAGUUCAG